AUGAGGUUUGCACUGUUUUCUAUUCUUUGUCUGGGAUUUGCCUAUUAUACAGAUGCCUAUUUAUUCGACCCAAAAGCAGUUGACGCGUUGUUACGCGAGAUUCGAGCAAGGUUACAAGCAAAAGGUGACGACGAUCCUCAUGUUAAGAAGGUGGAGCAGGAAGCAGAAGAAAUCAAGAAAGAAGAACUGCUCCAAGCAGAUGCAGAGGUGGAAGGCUCCGGAGAGGAUGUAGAAGGAUCUGGAGAAGUGAUGAGCAAUGUGACAGGGGUUCCGAUUUUGGACGAGAAGGAGAAUGUCAAGGAGAAAGAGAAGGAAGGGUUCCCAAGACCAGAACCAAUUUUUGACAAGUAUGGUAAUUUGAAAAGUAAGGAUCAGUUGGAGACACUGACAUUUGCCAAUUUCAAGAAACGAGCUCCAGCAACUUUGCAAGACCACUACAACCUCAACCCAAAAGGAACCCUACAAAUGCUCCAAGGCCUCGAUAUUCACGGAGCAUCUGGCGGAUACCACCGAGCACUUUCUGGCGGCUAUCUCCCACCAUCCACCUACGACCCAUACAAUGUCAACUGGCAUAGCUAUGGAGAUGAGGGAGUCAAGAUGAAGGAUAAGGCGAUCUCAGUAUUCAGACGGGUUAUUGCACCGGUUUUGUGA